UACAUAUACCGAAGAAACCCUCUCGUUGCCUCGCCGACCGCCGCUGCAUCCACCCUCUCCGCCGCUGCACACCCCUCUGUUGCUGUAUCCUCCCUCUCCGCUGCUUCUCGACGCUGGAAACGUGUCUCCGGCCGUUUUUCCCGUUUCCGUGCUUCACUGACUGCCUCUGCCUGUGGGAACUAUGAAACUCUCUUUUUCUCUGGCUUCAAAAUCCUCUUCUUCAAAGCAGCAGUCAAAUUCGAAACCCUUGCAAAACUUCAACAGAGGGGAUGAUCAAGAGGAAGAGACCACCGCUGCCCCCAAUAGAGAGUACGUCAACGAGUUCGACGCCUCCCGAAACCCUAGCGGUUCGAAUUCGAAUAAGGUCCGAGUCAUCCCUCCCAAGCCCAACGAAUGGCAGCCCUACAAGAAGAUGAAGAACAUCGGCCUCCCUUUCGGGUCGUCGUCCGAUCCCGUCCACGCUGACCUCAAAUUCGAGGUCGAAGCCCCCUCCUCCGUCACCGACGGCGGCCCCAACAUCUCCUACGGCUUGAAUCUCCGCCACAAUUCUGAAUCCGGCCAUCCUCCUGCUCCACCUCCUCCUCCUCCGCAGCCCACUUCUUUGGAGGCGGUGAUGUUGCAGAAAUUGAAGGAGGACUUGAAGAGCUUGCCCGAUGAGCCAGAGGAUCAUUACGCCGAUAUGCCGGUUGAGGACUUCGCUGCGGCCCUCCUCAAGGGUUACGGUUGGUAUGAGGGCAGGGGCAUCGGGAGGAAUGCGAAAGAGGAUGUAAAGACUAAGCAGUACGAGAGGAGGACCACCAUGGAAGGGUUUCGUUCCUUUGCUCAGACGCCCAAUACAAACGAUAGCACCAAUACAAGUAAUAGCAGUAGCAAAGCUUUGAACGAGAAGAAGAAAGAGGAAGAGAAGAAUAAUGGCAGAGGAGCUGGUCAAGUUCAAGAAGGCCCGUUUUAUGUAGGUAAAUAUGUUAGGAUAAUUGGAGGUGGGGAUAUGGGGUUAAAGGGUAGGAUCGUUGAGGUAUUGGGUGGUGGUGAUUCCAUUAUUUUGAAGCUUUCAAGGAGCGAGGAGGAAGUUAAGGUGAGAACUUGUGAUGUUGCAGAAUUGGGUUCUGUGGAAGAAGAAAUAUGUUUGAGGAAGUUGAAGGAAUUAAAGAUUAAGGGAUCCAAGGAUGGCGUGGAUAACCGUGAUGGAAGGAGAACUAAGGAUGAUGAAAGGAGAGUCAAAGAUUCAAAGAGUGAUCAGAGUCACAGGGAAAGUAUGGAUGAUGAAAUUGAGCAGAAGAGGAAGAACAAUAAAAGGAGUCGAGGAGGAGGAAGAAGAAGUGAACAAAGUAAUGCUCAAGUCCAGUGGCUUACUAGUCAUAUUCGGGUUAGAAUUAUUAGCAAAGACUUGAAAGGAGGGAGACUGUACCUUAGAAAGGGUGAAGUUGUAGAUGUGGUUGGACCUACAACAUGCGAUAUAACCAUGGAUGAUAGUAGGGAGCUCAUCCAAGGUGUGGACCAAGACCUCCUUGAGACUGCUCUUCCAAGGCGUGGAGGACCAGUGCUUGUCUUGUAUGGGAAGCAUAAGGGUGUAUAUGGAAGUUUAGUAGAGCGGAAUGUAGAGAAUGAAACUGGUGUUAUCCGAGAUGCUGACUCUCAUGCACUGCUUAAUGUCCGUCUUGAACAAAUUGCUGAGUAUAUUGGAGACCCAAGUUAUAUUGGAUAUUAAUUUGUAUGCUGCAUCCAUAAAUUAGAACCUAUGUGAUGGGGGCUAACCUUCUAAACUGAGCGGCUGCUAAAGCUGCCAAGGGAGAGGAGGAAUCGAGACCAGAUGUCUUAAGUCUUAUCAUACCCAGCUUCCAAUGCAUGGUGCAGCUUUGUGUGGCAGAUUAGAGAAGCAGCUGAGCAAAGGCUCCAUGGGAGGGAAGAAAGAAGACAGGCGGGCCUUACUGGCUUAUGAUGAUGAGGUGAAGGAGCUGAAAGUUUGAGUUGAGAAGCUGGAAGAAAUGGUGAGUCGAAAUAAGAGGGAAAAGGUAGUAUAUGAGGCUGCCAUGAGGAAGCUGAACGAGACUUGCAAAGCGUUGGUAUAUGCCGAGGCAGCUCAGGCAUCUGCAUCCAAUGAAAUCACCACCAAAGAAAGGGAGAAAGAGUGCUCAAAUUUUGGUUCUUGAAAACUCCAAAACUAUGUCAAUUUUGAAGUACUUACCCAUCAAUCUUGUGUCUUUUAGAGGAUGGUUCUGAGUUAUAAUGAAGGCAGGUUGCAGCAAGCACAGGGGGAAAGAUGAUCUGAAAUGGGAAGGGAAGUUGGUUUAGUUGUAGAGCAGAGUGUUAUCUGGAAGCAUAUAUUAUUGCCUAUCAUACACAUUGAGGUUGAUAUCUUUGGAUUAAGCUGUCUAUUGGCUAUAGUUUUAUAAUUUUUAAUUAUUUUGGAAAUAUGUAGGAUUUAGUGUGAGUACUCUAAUGUUAUUUGAAUUCUCUACCACAUUAUAGAUACA